AUGGAUGCUGUGUUUGACUGUCGGAGGACGGAUCCCCCGCCACCUGUCAUCACAGAGGGAGCGACGCAGUGUUCCACGGACCUGAUAAGGUCGUCUUUUCGUUUACGUCAGCGCUCUCAGGAGGCUGACAAACCUCACAGAAGGAAGGGAGGAAAAAAAUACACCUGUGAUCAGUGUGGGAAGGAUUUUACUAGUAAGGGUUCAUUAAAAAAUCAUCAAGUCAUCCACACUGGAGAGAAGCACUUCAGCUGUGACUUGUGUGGAAAGUCUUUUACCCUGGCUGGAAACUUAAAAAUGCACCAACUUAUCCACACUGGAGAGAAGCCGUUCAGCUGUGAAUUGUGUGGAAAGUCUUUUACCCAGGCUGGAAACUUAAAAAUGCACCAACUUAUCCACACUGGAGAGAAGCCGUACAGCUGUGACUUGUGUGGAAAGUCUUUUACCCUGGCUGGACACUUAAAAACGCACCAACUCAUCCACAGUGGAGAGAAGCCGUUCAGCUGUGACUUGUGUGGAAAGUCUUUUGCCCUGGCUGGAAAUUUAAAAGGACACCAACUCAUCCACAGUGGAGAGAAGCCGUACAGAUGUGAUCAGUGUGGCAGAGCUUUUAAUCGCAGUAGCCACUUAAUGAGUCAUCAAGUUACCCACUCUGGAAUUAAGGCAUACAGCUGUGACUAUUGUGGAAAAACUUUCAGUCAGCUAGGGUACAGAAAUGCACACCUACGCAUUCACACUGGACAUGAUGUGUACAGCUGUGAUCAGUGUGGGAAAAAGUGUGGAACAGAUGCACAGUUACAACGCCACAUGUUUACCCACACUGAGGAGAGACCUCAUAAAUGUGACCUGUGUGAUAAGACUUUUAAAACUCCACAGCACCUGAGAUCACACCAACAGAUCCACAGCAGAAAGAGACUCUACAAGUGCAGUUACUGUGAGAAGCAGAGCCACACAGAUGGAUCCAGUUCUCAACCCUGUCAUCGCUGUGGUGGUGGGAAAGCGUUUCGCUGUGACCUUUGUGGGAAAACUUUCAGUCAUCAAGUGAGCCUAAAAAUACAUCAGCGUAGACACACUGGACACAAACUGAAGUACUGCAAAGAAUGUGGGAGAAGCUUCACCACAACAGGUGCAAUAAAACGUCAUGAACUCAUCCACAGUGGGGUUAAAAAGCACCUCUGUGACCAGUGUGGGUCAUCCUUCAUCACUGCAGGUGUCCUUAAAGCGCAUAAACGAGUCCACACAGGAGAGAAACCCCUCUUUGAGGUCAGAUACCUGCAGCUUGACCUGCUCAGACGAGGAGGCUUUGGGUUGGUUUAUGCCGGGAUAAGAAAAGGAGACAAUGUACCAGAAAUGAUGAAGCAGCUCGUGGAUGCAUCCUUGAAUAUGCUCUCCAGUGGUGUCUUCCAUCGUGACAUCAAGGCAGAAAACCUGCUGAUUGAAACCAGCUCCAAUGGUCUUCGACUGCGUAUCCUGGACUUUGGAUGUAUCUGUAUCAUGCAGGACGAGCCCUACACCCACUUCUGUGGGACAAAAAUGUUCUCCCCUCCAGAAGUUCUCAUUCAUAAGAAGUAUGAGGCUGCACCCACCACUGUUUGGCAGCUGGGUCUGAAGCUGCGCCAGGACUUUGUCCUUUUUUUCUCCCUCACACAAAGUUUGGAGAUGCUGCUCCACCUCUCAGACCGCUCCUAG